CCCGGCGAACUUUGACCGGAAUCUCUCCGUUUCUCCCGGCGAACAUUGAUCGGAAUCUUUCUCCAUGAAAUCUCUUGAGUUGACGCAGUCCUUAGGCGUCUGUCGCCGCCUUCCGCCGUCCAACCGCCGCCUCUUUCCGGCGUCGGUCUCCGGCAUUUCCUUCCGGAGGUCCUCCAGUUCCCUCUCUUGCAUCCGUCCCAUCAAAUGCGUCUCUCUCUCGCCUUGUUCUUCUACAGCGAAAGGCGGGAUGAAGUUUGUCGAACCAUCUAAGAACGAGAACCUUGUUCCGCUCUGUCACACCAUUUUCUCUGAUCAUCUCACUCCUGUUCUUGCUUACCGGUGUUUGGUUAAGGAAGAUGACCGGGAGGCCCCGAGCUUCCUUUUCGAGUCAGUGGAGCCAGGAAGCCUGUCUUCGACUGUCGGUCGAUAUAGUGUGGUUGGGGCGCAACCUACUAUGGAAAUCGUGGCAAAGGAGAAAACUGUUACCGUUAUGGACCAUGUAAGAGGGACUUUGACCAAGGAGGAGGUUGAAGAUCCAAUGGAAAUUCCCAGAAGGAUCUCUGAGACUUGGAAACCGCAACUGAUCGAUGAACUUCCGGACGCCUUUUGUGGUGGUUGGGUUGGUUAUUUCUCAUAUGACACUGUGCGUUACAUGGAAAAACGAAAGCUACCUUUCUCUAAGGCCCCGUUGGAUGACCGGAGUCUGCCCGACAUGCAUCUUAGCCUUUAUGAUGAUGUGAUCGUCUUCGAUCACGUUGAAAAGAAAGUGCAUGUAAUUCACUGGGUGAGGGUAUCUGAAAACUCCUCCUUUGAAGAUGUUUACGCCGAUGGAGUUGCACACUUGGACGAGUUGGUAUCGAGAUUACAAGACGUAGACCCACCAAAGCUACCGGCUGGUUCAGUGGAACUACGCACUCGCCAAUUUGGCCCUCCUUUGAAGAAAUCAAGCAUGACAAGUGACGCAUACAAGAAUGCCGUACUGCAGGCAAAAGAGCACAUCUCGGCAGGAGAUAUCUUCCAGAUCGUGCUAAGUCAGAGGUUUGAGCGUCGUACUUUCGCUGACCCGUUUGAAGUUUAUCGAGCUUUGAGGGUUGUGAACCCGAGUCCCUAUAUGGGUUACUUGCAAGUAAGUGAUUGCUCUUCAGAUAAUCAUAAUUUCUUUUGUUUUCACUCUGUUUUACCGAUAAAUAUAUUCUCCUUCCUCUUCCAGGCAAGAGGUUGUAUUCUUGUUGCGUCAAGUCCUGAAAUCCUCACAAGAGUGAAGAAGAAUAAGGUCGUGAACCGGCCAUUAGCAGGAACUGUGAGGCGAGGCAAGACUUUUGAAGAGGAUCAGAUGUUGGAAAAAUUGCUGUUAAAAGAUGAAAAGCAAUGCGCCGAACACAUUAUGCUUGUUGACUUGGGUCGUAAUGACGUUGGAAAGGUGUCGAAGGAUGGUUCCGUGAAGGUCGAGAAACUCAUGAAUGUGGAGCGUUAUUCCCAUGUCAUGCAUAUAAGCUCAACUGUCACCGGAGAGUUACGAGAAGAUCUCACCUGCUGGGACGUUCUACGUGCCGCUUUACCUGUCGGAACCGUUAGCGGAGCUCCAAAGGUAAAAGCCAUGGAGCUAAUAGAUGAACUGGAAGUGACGAGACGAGGACCGUACAGCGGCGGAUUCGGAGGGAUAUCAUUCGCGGGAGACAUGGACAUAGCCUUGGCCCUUCGGACCAUUGUCUUCCCGACCGAAACUCGUUACGACACGAUGUACUCGUACAAGGACAAGAACAUGAGACGGCACGAGUGGAUAGCCCACCUGCAAGCAGGAGCAGGCGUGGUGGCCGACAGCCAACCGGACGACGAGCACCGUGAGUGUCAGAACAAAGCCGCUGGUCUGGCCCGUGCCAUUGACUUGGCCGAGUCUGCUUUUGUGAAUAAGACGACGACCAAUACUUCGACUUAGGGUUUCUUUUUUUUAAAAAAAAAAUUGGACACUCGGAAUCCUGCAGCGGUCGUUGCUCUGUUUUUUAUUUUUAUUUUUUGGCUGUUAAAUAAUCAACUUCCGUACAGUUGAGAAGAGGAUCUUUCCCUCAACAGUUUCAAUGCAUCAAAGAAUUGUUUUU